AUGGCUUCUCUACCCAAGACGUACAAAGCCGCUAUCUUCGCUUCCGCGAACAAAGACCUUGUUCUGCAAGACGUCGAGCUCAAACAGCCCGACGCAGGCCAUGUCCUCAUCAAAGUCAUCGCCUGUGGCGUUUGUCACUCUGAUCUCUUCGUCAAGCAGGGUGUCCUAGGUGAUGUAUUCCCCCGCACUACAGGCCAUGAAGCCGUCGGAGAUAUCGUAGCCGUCGGUGAAGGCGUUACAAGAUGGAUUGUCGGGGAUCGUGUUGGAGCCGCCUGGCACGGAGGUCACGAUGGGACCUGUACCUCAUGCCAACGCGGCAAUUUCCAAACCUGCGACAAUCAAGUCGUCAACGGCGUGACUGUAGACGGCGGCUACGGAGAAUACAUGGCCGUCCGCGCCGAAGCAGCAGUCCGUAUCCCCACUGACGCAAACCCAGCUGAAGUCGCGCCUCUUCUAUGCGCAGGCGUAACUGUCUUCAACGCCAUGCGAAACAUGCACAUCAUGCAAGGCGGCCUCGUCGCAGUCCAAGGUCUCGGCGGUCUAGGCCACUUAGCACUACAAUAUGCUUCCAAAAUGGGCUACACCGUCGUAGCUUUGAGUUCUGGCCCUGAUAAGAAGGACUUUGCGAUGCAAUUGGGGGCGCAUCAUUAUAUCGACACUAAAGCUGAAGAUACGACAGAAGCCCUGCAGAAGAUGGGUGGUGCGAAUAUGAUUGUCUCCACCGCACCGAAUGCUAAAGCUGUAAGUCCCUUGGUCGCAGGCCUCGCGCCUAUGGGCAAGUUGGUUGUUCUUGCGCCCCUUGGACCUGUGGAUUUUGACACAGGUCUUAUGGUUAUCAAGGGUCUAAGUGUGCAUGGAUGGCCGUGCGGGCAUGCGAAGGACUCGGAGGAGGCGAUUGCUUUUGCGCAUACUCAUGGGGUUAAGUGUAUGAUUGAGACGUUUCCGUUUGAGACGGAUUAUCAGAAGGCUUUUGAGAAGAUGGAGAGUGGGGAGGUGCGCUUUAGGUCUGUUUUGACUAUGUAG